AUGUUGCCCGUGGCCCAGCUGCAGCAGCUUCGGCUCUUCAGCGCCAGUAACACAGAGUCUGGCGGCACCUUGAUGUCCACCCGUCGGAUGCGCCACAAGGAACGGACAUUUCAGAACGCCAGAACGCCCCCAAAAGCAAGAAACUCGCUUAUCUCCAAGAUCCACAUUGCCCCAGAUAGCAAAGUGGACUUCAAGCCCUCCCAGCGUUUCCUAGGCGAGCACAACAACCCUGCGGGGGAGGCCCGCCCAGUCACGCCCUCCUCCGGGCUCCCAGUUAGGCAGGCAAUUCCCAGGCUCCCCGCCCCUUCGGGCUUCCUCGCCGGGAAAGGGCCCCGGCUCGCACCCCGCAAUGGCCUCCUGGGUGGUGGGCACGUCCUCCUGGGUGGUGGGCUCCCCCCUCCAGGGGGAGGAGCGCGGCUGGCCUGGCUGCUGGCGCGCCCCCGCCCACGAGGGCGCCCCGGUAGGAGCCGGCCCCGGACCUCUGAGCACGUGCAGAGCGCUGUCUCCAAGCCAGACCUGCCCAGAGGCAAAGGUGUGCGGUGGGAGGAGCUGCAGGGCCGGACCAAGGAGGACCUCCCCUCACCCCGACCCAGCCUCCUGCUUCCAGGCGCAAAAGCCGCGGAGAAGCCCGCACGUAGGGCCCACAGACCCCGGAGGACCCCCAUCGGCGGCUGCCGGCCGGCCAACGGGGAAGCUUCGCUCCACGAGUUUGUCCCUCCACUAUUUAAGUCCAUCUCAGCCCCUGGGCAGCAGUACUUCUUGGGGCAGGGAGUUCCACCGGGCGCCUACCCUUCCUGUUCCAAGGCCACCCAGCCGGCGGGGGCGACGCUCGGCUCACCUCGCAGCCGCUGGGCCUUUACGACGCGACCGGCGCGGAGCCGCGGCCUUGAACGAAACCUGAUUGGCGCUCCCUCUGCGGUCCCGCUACCUAUGAUUGGGUGCUCGUCUGCCGGGGACCGGAGGCGGGCUCAGCGGAGGCCGGAAGUGGCUGCCCGGCGUGGAGGGUCGGACUGCGCCCCCGUCUCCCGAGGCCGGGAUGCGGUGGAAGGCGGGGGUGAGGCUCUGGGGGAGCGGACCCCUGCCCGGGGCAGCAAGGCCUUCUUGGCCGCAGGGCAGGCGGAGGCAUCCAGAGCAGGAACUGAGGAGUAUCUGCCAUGGGUGUGCGCUUCAAACCCGCAGGCGCCUGUGUCAGCAGGGGACUCCUGGCUUCUGAGGGACGCCAGGUUUGGCAAUCUCCAGUUGAUACAUCAGUCUGCAUCAUUCAGGGGCCUCACAGUGGAAGACAUCCAGAAAGCUAGGGCGUCUCGACCAAAAACCGAGCAGGAGAGCCAGGGCAAAGUAAAGCAGAAGCUUAGCGAGCGAGCUCGGGAGAGGAAAGUGCCCGUGACACGAGUGGGACGGCUGGCAAACUUCGGGGGUCUGGCUGUGGGCCUGGGCCUCGGAGCCCUGGCAGAGGUGGCGAGGAACUCCCUGAACAUGGAGACCAAGCCCAAGAACGGAGGCGCCCUGCUGGACUCCAACCCCUUCCUGUCCGAGGCCAACGCCGAGCGGAUUGUCAACACCCUUUGCAAGAUGCGUGGGGCAGCCCUCAAGAUUGGCCAGAUGCUCAGCAUUCAAGACAACAGCUUCCUGAGCCCGCAGCUGCAGCAGGUCUUUGAGCGCGUCCGCCAGAGUGCAGAUUUCAUGCCCCCGGCUCAGAUGGAGGGCGUCCUGGUGGAAGAGCUGGGCAGCGACUGGCGGGAGAAGGUGGCCUCAUUCGAGGAGACGCCGUUUGCCGCCGCCUCCAUCGGCCAGGUGCACCAGGGAGUGCUGAGGGACGGCAGGGAGGUGGCUCUGAAGAUCCAGUACCCUGGCAUUGCUCAGAGCAUCCGGAGUGAUGUGGACAACUUUCUUUCAGUGCUCAAGAUGAGCGUGGCGCUGCCCGAAGGCCUCUUUGCAGACAAGACCCUGCAGGUCCUGCAGAAGGAGCUGGGCUGGGAAUGCGACUACCUGCGGGAAGCCGACUGUGCCAGGAAGUUCAGGCGGCUUCUCGAAGGAGACCUGUUCUUCGAGGUGCCGGCAGUGGUCGAUGAGCUGUCCACAAGGAGGGUCCUGUCGAUGGAGCUGGUGGGCGGUGUCCCGCUGGACCAGUGCCAGACGCUGGACCAGGAGACCCGCAAUGAGAUCUGCUCCCACAUCCUUCGCCUUUGUCUGCGUGAGCUCUUUGAAUUCCGCUUCAUGCAAACGGAUCCAAACUGGUCCAAUUUCUUCUACGACGCCAAGAAACACAAGGUAACUCUGCUGGACUUUGGGGCCAGCCGAGGGUUCAGCAAGGAGUUUACUGACCACUACAUCGAGGUGGUGAGAGCAGCUGCCGAUGGCGACAGGGCCAAAGUGCUUCAGAAGUCCAAGGACCUCAAGUUCAUGACGGGGUUUGAGACCAAGGCAUUUGAGGAGGCACACGUUGACACGGUGAUGAUCCUGGGCGAGGCCUUCUCUGCUGCCGGCCCCUUCAACUUCAGCACCCAGAACACGACCCGCUACAUCCAGGAGCUCAUCCCUGUGAUGCUGAAGCACCGGCUGUGCUCCCCUCCAGAAGAGAGCUACUCUCUCCACCGCAAGAUGGCAGGCUCCUUCCUCAUCUGUGCCCGCCUGGGAGCUGUCAUUCCCUGCCGUGAGAUGUUUGAGGAUGCCUAUGCCCAGUACACGGCGCGGGAACAGGGCACGGUGUUGGCAGAGGACAUCUAA